CUCCACUGAUUGUGGUCCGUUCGUGCUACGCCAAACGCACGGAAUACAGGAGAACUGACGUAAUGCAGGGAAUGAAACCCAUUCUAAAUCUAAACCUUACCUGCUGCAGAAAUCACGUUCUAACAGAAAAAUUGAUUCCGUAAUCUGAAGCUUCUUGAUUGCGUAUUGGCUUCCUACAGGGCCACGUCAUUUGAAUACGGUUUGGCGUUACAACUAGAAUCAGUCAAUCAAUAAGUUACAGGUAGAAUAAGCUCAGUACGGGUUAGCGGGCAAACGGUGAAUAAGCACAUGAUUGCUCAGACGAAGAACAGAAUCCGUGUCAACGACUACAGUAUUUGAAUUCUCAGUUGAUUUAUUUUUACCUUUCGCAGUCAGGAAACAUGAAAUGUACUUGUCAAUUUUACAGAAACAGGUUUAGUAUUGGUCAGCAUGGGUUCGAGUAACUUGGCCAUCUUGUUAUUUGUACUGGCAAUAGCUCAGCAGCAUUUCUUACUUGUAAAAGCAAAUCCUGCUGUCGUGAAUAGUAACAGCGAGUCUGUUUCUAUUGACAAUCAAAUGCUUAGGGGAUCGAUGGGAAUACGAAAUAAUGCAAUGCUAGCCAUGGCCCCUUCACAUCCAUCGUUCCAGAACGCGCCUGAAAUUGUCUAUUCAGGUCUACAGCGAAAUGCAUUUGUUCCGGUAACUGGAACACCACCUCCUUCAGCACAAUGUUCUUCAACCGUCAAAGAUAUUCAGCUAGGAUUCCGGAUGGUGGUAAACGAUUCAUCUCCAGAUUUGAUACCGUUUUUCACCGACAUACUAGACAAGGGUGAGACUGAUUUGACACGAGAAUGUUCCAAAAACAACGGGGAAUCCCUCAAAAUGGUGGAAAACGAACGUGAAAAUAUUUUAACCAAUCAUCAAUGGAUUACCGAAAAAUUUAAACUGUAAAGUUGAUGAAGGAUUUUUCGUUAUUAAAGCUUUGGCUCCGCACAUAACUAUGGGCAAAUAAUUUCUCAAAAAGCUCCAUUUUCUAUUGUAACUGAUGGAAAAGAAAAUGUUUUAAUAACCGGCACCCAAUUAAAUUUUACCUACUGGUUUUCUUGAUUUCUAAUUCGAAAUUCUAAUACACGAUUAAU